UUUAGCAACGAAAAGCAAAGUCAAAACAGUUUAAAAAUGUUCAGUUCUCUAAAAUUUGUUGCGAGUCGUGUUGCUGUGCGUUUUGGUAAUUAUUUUCAAGGUUCCGCAACAAAAAUGGGAAGUUCAUUUUCAAGAUCUUAUGCUCCGAAUAGCUGUGGUAAUAGGGGGAUUUCUGAAUCAAGUGGGACAGGUACAAUAUCACGUAUGGACUCUACAAGUAACUAUGUGGAGUCAGUGGUAUGUAGUGAAAAUGACCUAAAAGACAAUGAAAUGAAGGUUUUUGAAGUUGGAGAAUCUGGAAAAGUACUUCUCAUUAAACAAAAAGGAGAAUUUAGUGCAGUUGGAACAAAAUGUACACACUAUGGAGCUCCAUUGGUAUCUGGAGCAUUGGGUGAUGGUCGAGUGAGAUGUCCUUGGCAUGGAGCAUGCUUUAAUAUCAAGACUGGGGAUAUUGAGGAUUUUCCUGGGUUUGACUCCUUACCAUGUUAUCAAGUUACAGUUAGUGAAAAGGGUGAAGUAAAGGUGCGCGCAAAGAUAAGCGAUUUGAAAUCAAAUAAGCGUAUUAAAGAUAUAGGUGGAGCGGCAGCAGUAUGCGAAGGAGCCUCUGUCGUGAUUGUUGGCGGUGGUCCGUCAGGCGCUACCUGUGCGGAGACCCUACGCAGUGAAGGCUACCAGGGUCGUAUCACUGUAGUCUCUAAGGAGCCUUAUUUACCUUAUGACAGGACCAAAGUCUCCAAAAUUGGCGCUAUAUCUAAUAUAGAAAAUCUCCAAGCCAGAUCGCAAGAAUACUACCAGAACGCAAAAAUUGAUAUCCUUAGAAAUAUUGAUGCCACAAAAGUCGAACCGCAGGAGAAAUUAGUACAUCUCAGUGACGGCACUAAACUACGCUACAGUGCUCUGUAUCUAGCGACCGGAUCUCAGCCUCGGAAACCGGAUAUUCCUGGAAUUAAUCUUCAAAAUAUUUUCACUGUAAGGGACUAUGAUGAUAAUAAGAAUAUACUAAAUACUAUAGGCGAGAAUAAGGAUAAGGACGUAGUCGUCCUUGGACUAAGCUUCAUCGGAUUAGAGACUGCUUCAUCUUGUAACGAAAAGGCCAAAUCGAUGACUGUCGUCGGUAAAGACUUUGCUCCUUUAGGACAAAUAUUUGGGAGGGAAAUUGGUCAAAGCCUCACGAAGUUAUAUGAAGAAAAAGGAGUCAAGUUUCAAUUUGAAACCACCAUUUCGAAAUGCAUCGGUGAGAACGGCAUGAUAAAAUCGGUGGAGCUCGAUAACGGAACCACGCUGCCAGCUGAUAUUCUAAUUUUGGGCGUGGGAACUACAUUCUAUACGAAUUUCCUACGUGAUAGCGGUAUUGAAUUGUUACCCAAUGGUGCGGUUAAUGUAAACGAUAGAUUGGAGACAAACAUUAAAAAUAUCUACGCAGGUGGCGACAUCGCAAACGCCCCAGUUUUUGCACACAAUAACAAACCCAUGAGCAUCGGCCACAUUGGACUCUCACAGUAUCACGGACGCAUUGCCGCAUUAAACAUUUUGAGGAAAGACAUCCAACUGAAAACGGUACCUUAUUUCUGGACGACAGUAUUCGGAAAGUCCAUUCGUUAUACAGGCUGUGGCAAAGCUGCUAGUACUUUAGUGGAUGGUGAUGUAGACUCUCUUAAAUUUGUCAUCUUUUUCUUUGAUGAAUCAGAUAAAGUUAUUGCUGUUGCUUCUUGUAUGAGAGAUCCAGUUGUAUCUCAGUUUGCUGAGUUUCUUUACCAGGGUAAAACCCUCCAUAGAAAAGAUUUGAAACCUGAUGAUCUGUAUGCAUGGACGAAAAAUAUUAAUUGAGUUAUUACACACAAUCAUGGCACGUCACUAAAGUACAAUAGCGCAUAAUCACUUCACGCACACGAAAUGUGGUUCUGCAACUAAUUUAGUACUAAAUUAUUAUAUUUUAGAUUAAAAAUUGAUUGGAGAAAUUAGAAAGUUAUUAUAAACAGACUUAAAAUUGUUCAAUUGCACAGUCAACUAUACAUAACUCAAUUUUCCUAAUCGAUUUUAAACCUUGUAGAGGUCAAAAUCCAUAGUAGUUAAACAUAUUGUGGUAACUUGACGUGCAGCCGUGUGUACCAUAACAGCCAUUUUAGAAUUUUCGUUAAAAGUGUUUAACUUAAUGACAGGGAUUUUAAGAGUAUUAACUUU